CUACUCUCCGCUAUAUAGUCAACGUUAAUUUGAUGUAAACAUUUGACACGAACGAUAGAAUUUCUAGCUAGCUAGUUUACAAGUUAAGCUUGCUACUUAGACGUUUUGCGUUUUAACAGACUGCACAUUCUUCUUCUAUUCUUCUUCUGUUUUACUUCAAUGUACGUCAGUAUGGUACAGUUUAGGGCGUCUUCGUCUAGAUUGUAUAAUCUUAAUAGCUAUUUCUGAAAUCUAACGUAUUUUGCAGGGCUUUCGAUCAAUGUCCUUGGUGGACACAGUCAUUCAGUCGAAGCAUUGGUGAACGUUCCUUGGAUUUCUCAGGAUGCGGAGAUCGGCGAAUGCCCUCCACCAGAUGGCCGUAUUCAUGACCGUGCUGACAGGAGGAGGUUGUGGGAUGAUGUACUAUUUAAUGCAAAAGAACUUUGCCCAGGCUGAAUACUACCGUUUGGCCCUGGAGCACCUGAAUGGUCACUCAACUGCCAUGUCUUGUUUGGGAGCUCCUCCACUGAAGGUCCACAACCUGCACCUGUCUGAUCGAUAUAACCGCAUGGACCACACCAGGGCACAGAUUAAAAUUCCUGUAACUGGAUCCAAAACUGGUGGCUAUCUCUUUGCCACCUCUGUCAGAGACCCUUUCAUGAACAGAUGGCAUAUUCAGGAGGUGGUUCUUCAGCUCAGGGAGGGUGAGCGCAUUCAGGUUUUCACACCUGAACCAGAGAAAAGUGAAUAGAACCGGCAGCAACCAUGGCAGAACCAGCUCUCAACAAAUACACACGUCUUCUCUGUCGGUGUGUGGCUGUCCAAAACUAUGCUGUGUAUUCUACUUGAGCAGUGUACAUUUCAAGAUCAGAAUCCUCAAAUGGCUCUUUUAUGAUACUGGGUUCAAAGCUUCAGGUGGGAGGAACGGGUGAUGGAGUGUCAGUUAAUGAAAAGGCUCUUCAUAAUUACAGGAAUCUAAGGACUCGACUAAUAAUGAAAUUGUGUGGUUUUAAAAAGACGGCUGACGGUUAAGAUGUGAAAGGACGAUGCAGGCAUGCGUCAUCUGAGACAAUGUUCUUCAUUAAAACAUUCUUCGUUGGA